AGCUGAUGGAUGAGAUGGCCGCCGAGGGCAGGGAGUGUGUGAACUGUGGCUCGGUGUCCACGCCGCUGUGGCGCCGCGACGGGACCGGACACUACCUGUGCAACGCCUGCGGCCUCUACCACAAGAUGAACGGCAUCAACCGGCCCCUCAUCAAGCCCCAGAAACGCCUGCAGACCACGUCCCGCCGCGCCGGUCUGUGCUGCACCAACUGCCACACCAGCACCACCACGCUGUGGAGGCGCAACGCCGAGGGAGAGCCCGUCUGCAACGCCUGCGGCCUCUACAUGAAGCUGCACGGGGAUCCGUCCCCUCGGACACCGGCUCCCCGUCCUCCCUGUCCGUCUCAGAACUCGCCUCCACCGUUAAGAGCGAACCCAACAUGGCUCCAUCGCCGUACGCCGGCCAGACCGUCACAUCUGGCUCACAGACGGUGUCUCAGUUGGACAGCACAGGGUCUGGACUCAUGGACAUUAAGUACGAGGAUUAUCCUUUCCCCACGUCGUCGUUAGCGCCGCAGAACUCCUGGUGCGCUCUGUCUCAGGCCUGAGCUCCCUCGGACAAAAACUGACUUCAGUUCUGUCCAAACCGGACUUCMUCUGGAGCAGAAUCUCCUUCRGAUCCCGAUCCGAGGAGACACAGUCGGGAUCAGAAGGGACCAAACGUUCAGCCUCUGUAAGACGAUGGCUUUAAUGAACGAGAUCAAACCAAGAUUGGACCAAACGCAGGACUCCGGCUUUAUCCAAGAAGGUCUUAUCCUCACCAGACUUUUUAAAACUGACUCCCAACCAACGUACCAAACUACCUACUGCCAWAAAACGUGUUUUACUUUGGGACAGAUGCAAAGACAAUCAAGUGGAAUGUAAAAAAA